AUGCUCAAUUCAGAAGGUUUUAUAACUGGAGAUGAUGAUGGAAAAAUACGUGCAUGGAUCAUCGGCUUUAACAGCGUCCCAGCUUAACCAGAAUAGCUUGAUAUCAUAGAAGAACUUACUGAGCACUCAGAAAAAUCUAAUAUGCUAAGUCACAGGUCAUAAUAAUCCUUACAUAAUUUUCAAACAAACUCUUCUUAAUAAAUUGACCAUAAUGGAUAUCACUCUCGUCCCUCUAUAUCUUCAAAUCAUGACAAUAGCGAAUAAUUUAUUUCUCCAAAAAAUGAAGAUAGAUAGAAAGCUAUUGUCUUUCCUAAAGAUUAAAAUGAUCACUCAGAAACAGAUAAUCAAGCUCAAAAAUCUCGAAAGGAAUAGAUUUUAAGAGAUGUCAAAAGUAGCUUCAAGAAAAAUAGUCAAAAUUUAAUAGAAAAUUAAUCUAUUAAAGCUCAUUUACAAAACAAUAAAAAUGACUAGAUCCUCAUAUAAGACACACUUGAUGAUAAAAAUUAUUAUCCAGAAAGCGAUAAAAAUGAAGUAUUCGAAGAUGAUAAUUUAGACAGUGAAGCAGAAAGAAAGAACAAGAGCGAAAUCCUCAUUAGAAACUAAAUGAUAGACCUAUCUCCUCAGGCUAUUCAUUCUAAUGAAUAAAAAAGAACAAACUGCAAUCACUUAGACAGACAAAUUGAAUUCUUAAAAACUUAAGACGACUCUGCCUGUUGCAAUCAAGAUUCUUAUUACUAGCAGUACUAAAACAAUUCUGAGCAGAACCUAAAUAGCUAAGAGUAAUUUGAGUAAUUGAUUGAUCAAAACAAUUAACAAAUAAUUAAUCAACAAAACGUAAGUCUGUCUCCUAAAGAUAACUUUUCUUAAGAUUAACAAAAAUCUCCAAUCAAUCAAAAUUCUAAAAAUAAAGUAGAAAACUUUACUUCUUAGCAGAAGAAUUAAAAUGUAGUAGUUAAUAACAAUGUACCAGAAACAAUAUCUCCUCCUAUUAACAACAAUAAAGUAAUCAAUUUAAAUCUACCACCUAGUCUGCUAAAGUAGAUAGAUUACAGUAAUACUUUUGGUUAAAAACCAAUCUCUACACAGAAAAAUGAACAAAAUGAUAAUGAAUUAGAGGGUGAAAGCCUGCCCAUAUAAUAAACUUUGAAUUUAUUCACCCAAAAAAACCAUUAAGAAUAAUUAUAACUUGCACCUCAAGUAUUGAAUCACUAGUCCAAUUCAUAGAUUUCUUAAAAAUCAGAAGAUAAAAAUAUUUUCACAUAGACAGUGAGUAGAUUAAUAAACACUGAUAACUAAUAAUUACAGAAUAACAGUGAUGUACCUGCUCAUAGAAGACUUCUAUCAAACACUACUCAUUAAUCAGAAGAUAAUUCUUUUGAAAAUAUAAAUUUUUAAACAAAUUAAAUAGAUUCAGCUCAUAAAAGUAAAUAAAGAAUUGUAGAUAGAAAAGAUUCUAAUGAAAUCAAAGAAGACUAUUAAAUAGUCAACAAUGACCAAAGCAAUUCAAAAGUUGGUGGAUUUUCUUCUUCAUCUUCAAGCAACCAAAAAUAUAGCUAAGAUGAAUCUGCUAAAUAAAUGAUGGCAGGAUCAGGAAAAUUUAACUCAUUCAAGCUUAAUAAUUUGCCAUCUGUCCUGAGCAAUCACAUCGAUGAAAGUGACGAAUCAAUAGUUAUAAGUUAGGUUGGACAAGAAAUAAAAAAUCAAUAAAAGAUUAAUGCCACAAAUUCUUAGCAUAAAAUUAGAGAUAUGAAAGAGCCAGAACAUAACUUUGAGUAGCUAACAAAAAUGUUAAAUAGCUAAGAAAAUAGUAAGAAAAACGAAAAAAUAGUCACAGAUUUGCAGAAAUAAGUCUAAAAUUUUACUCAUCACAAUAAUUUAUUGUAAAGGAAAAUCGACGAACUAUUAAAUUUAAAUACAAAGCUUCAAAAUGAUAAGCAAGAUUCCUUAAAAGAGUGCGAGGAUCUUAAGUAAGAGAUCUAAGAAAUUAAAAAAAAAUAGCCUAAAAAUGAAGAAUAAGAGAGAAUUAAAGACAUGUAUAUUGAAUUAAAGAAUAAGUUAAUGAUGAUAGAUAAAGUUAAAUAAGAUAUUGUAAAGCAUCAAAACGUUCCUCUUCUUUAAAAGAAAAUAGAAGAUCAGCAAAAGUAAAUUUUAGAUUUAAGAGAAUAAAACCAAUAGCACCAGAAGAUAAAUGAGUUAUUUAAAGAAGAUUUAAUUAAAAAUACUGAGGAAUCUAAAUUGUUAAAAGAGAGAAUACAAUAAUAAUUAUAGGAAAUUUAGAAAUUAAAGCACUUAGAGAUUUAAACAAAAAAGAGGACUGAUUAGCUUACAGAGGAGAACUCUCAAUUUGCAACUUUACUAAAAGAAAAAGAUAAUGUCAUUGAGAAUUUGACUUAGUAACUCAAGUAGAGAGAUUAAAUUAACUUCAAGUUAACACCUUCUGCGAGCAGUGUCAAUAAGGAUAACAUGAAAAAUAAUAAUUAUAGUUCUCCAUAGGCAUAAAAUCUAGCAACUAAGGAGGUUUUAAUCGAUAAAAUAUUGUAAUUGAAUUCUGAGAAUGAUAAACUAAAAAAUAAAAUACAAGGUCUUGAGAAAUAAAUUUAAAUAUUAACAAAAUAAGUAAACCAAUAUGAGCUAGUUAUUAAAAAGAAUGAAAUUGAUUUUAAGGAUUAAAAUUAACCGAAGGAAAUAUCAAUAGCAAUCUAAAAAUAGAAAUAAGAAAUAAAUACAAAUACAAAUACAAGCGAUCAAGGUAGUCAUCGUAAAGCAUAAAGUUACUUUGAUUUUAAACAAUCUCAGGAAAAUAACAAUAAACAUUAUGAAAUGACUAUUAACUUGAAAAGAAAGCAAAAUGAGCUAAAUGACAUUCACAAUUUAAAACCUGAAUUAAACACAAUAGAAAAUAUUUAAAAUUAAUCAACUAAAAAUUAUUUCUUUGAGGAUAGAGUUCAAAAGUCUCCGAAUUAUUAAAAUGAAAGAAGCACAUAUUCUAAAUCUAAUUUAUCAAUGGAUUUAGGAAAUUUAUUCUAGAACAAUUAACAUAAAUAGGUUGAUCUAUUUGAUGCAAGCAAGACUACUUAGCAGAAUAAAAAAAUAAGUUUAGAGCAAUAAUUGCAUGAAAUAACUAACAAACAACCUUUUUAUACCCCCAACAAAUCAACCAGUGUAAGUCUGUCCUAAAAUAUAACUAACAACAGUUUUAGUAAUAACAGAUUAUAAAACACAAGUAAUAGCAAUAAUAAUAAUAACAACAACUAUAUCUUGAAUAAUAGCUCUUUAAACAACAUAUCUUUAACUCCUAGAGCACUUGGACAAACUUAAGACUCUUUUACAUAUUAUCAGACUAACACAUCUACCAAAUUUUUAUAGAUUCCUAGUUAAAAUAAAUUUAACUAAUAGUAAUAGCUGCAAUAAUAUGAAAGACAAUCACUUAGUCCUUCACCUCAAAAAACAGCUAACCCUAACUUCUCGCAAACAAAAGUUACCUAAAAUAAUUUAUCUAUAAAUAGCCCAUAACAGAACUCAAAUUUCUUUAACACAGUUGGUGAUAAUUCUAGAAUUUCAAACCCUACUACUCCAUAAAGAACUAUAACAAAUUUAAUCAAAAGCAACUAACCUUAUUAGCAAUAAUAAAUUAUAUCACCUCAACCAUAUAUAAAAACAAUAAUUCAAAAUCCUAAUAACUAUCAGCAAUAAAGCUAGCAAAUUCAAAAAAAACCAAUAUUUGAUUAAAGUCCAUAAAGCAGAACUCAUUACGGAGUAAUAAAAACAUAAAACUCAGAUGAAUAAUAAAAUUUAGUGAUAGCAAAUGUGACUCCAUACAAUGAUCUAAAAACUUCAGGAAUGAAUUCAUUUAGACCAUAAGAUAAAGAAUAAGACGUUAACAGUUAGUAUUACUUACAAAAUAUACAAAAAAGAAGAUUGGAGGACCAAACGAAACCAAAAUAAAGAAGGCUUAUAUUCUCUAACAGCAGCUUAACACCACCUCGAAAUUCGCUAAAUACUUCUAUGUAGUCAAUGGGCAACAACAUGAUAAGCAAUAAUUUAAAUGUAAAUAGCAGUUAUACAACUCCAUACCCUACAUAUGAUGCCUAUCAACACACUAAUCGUUGA